AUGAGGAAAGAACGGGAUGUUUUGGAAGACAGCUGUUUCUCGAGAGCCAGCAGGUGCGCGUUUGAGCGCGCCCUGCAGCGCCAGGAGGCCGGCACAGAAGGCCACAAUAUUUCUAGCCAGGGUGCAGUGGCAGAGCUGCCUUCUGAGGGCCUACAGAACCACCAGGGAGCCAAAAGCCAGGGGGGAAAGCAGAUUCACCAUUUGGCCACAGCUUUAAUGUUUACAUCUUUUGAUGACACACCGCUCACCAAUGAGUUCAUCAGUAAAUCAUCACCCUUAGAGGAAACAGAGAGGCAAAAAUCAUUUCUUGAGGAGCUGAGGAUGCAGGGAAUAAUCAAGAGUCAGAGUACCACUGCCAGAACUGCAGAAGCAUAUGAGAACAAGAGGGAUGCUCUGGGAAAGACACAGAAGAAACCCCCAGCUAGGCUGGAAAAAAUUGGAAAUGAGAAAGUGGGUGAUUUUACAGUGAAGGACAUGAAGCCUUCUGCUAAAGCAAAGAAACAGAUUAGGGAAAAGGAACUGAAUAAAACACCACAACACAUCACAUCAUUUUUCCCCCCAGAAACUGCUCACCAAACCACAAAGAAACAGACUGAAAAGGACUGCCUGAGUUUGGAAAGCCAGGGAGGUACAGACCCUCAGCCCUCACCUUUAGAUGCUGAGCCAGAGCUGUUGCUGAAGAAAAUAACUGCAGUAGACAGAACAAACAAUUGUACUGAGGAGGACACUGUCACUGAGUCUGUAACUUACAGCUGCAUCAGUGAAUCAAUCUGGCUGUGGCUUGCAAAUAUGAAGAACUCCUCUGUUCCCUGCAAAUGUCUUUUUUGA